AUAGUAUUAAACAAUUCCACUCAAAAACGCUUCGAACACAAAUCUUUUCCCACUCUCUCUCGCUCUCUUUUUUCCCGUCAUCGGCUCCAAUCUUUAAUCCAUCAAAUAUGUCUUCUCGAAACCCCAUAUCAAGAACCAAUCAACUCACGAAAACAACACUUAUUCUCAGUAUUCUUUUUGUCCUUUUGAGUUGCUGCAGUGGAGCAAGAACCACGAUCUUGUUUAGCACGAGUUCACCACCGGAGCAAAACGACGUAGUUUCACCACCACCUCAUCAUCAUCACACUCGUCAAGUACAAGAUCACAAAAGUGUACAGUUCUUGGGGUCCAUGCCACGUCAGUUUCCGGUUCCAGCUUCUGGUCCUUCAAGAAAACAUAACGACAUCGGUUUAGCUAGUACUACUACGACUCGAUCUUCUCCUUGACCCUCAGAAGAUUUAAGUAACCAGUCUCUUUUUAUUUCUCUAGGUUUUGUGGUUUAAUAUUGGUUUAAACGGAUGUAAGUAGGAUUUUAGUUCGAUUUAUUUCUGGGAAAUCAAUGAUAUGGAUAGACCAGCUUUUGUUUUUAAGAUUCUAGUAUUGGAACUGGCUAGAUCCAUUGAGAUGGUGCAUGUACGUAACUGUAAAGUGGAGACAUAAGGGUCUUUUGCAGUACAAACAAUCAUUGUUCUUUUUGAUUUUCUGACAAAAAGGAAUGUUCCGCGCGCGCCCAUGCUUAAGUUUCU